ACCACCCUCUUGACUUACAAGAGCGCGCGUGCACACUGCGCUCGUGUGAGGAGCAGAGAGCGCGCGAGUUCCUUAAGCAAGUGUCACACCAAAACAGCUACAAGAAGUUGAGAACACGCCAACAACCGUGGAAGAUGGAGGAGCAUUCUGUUGUAAAAAAGCGCUCGGUGGCUGAACUAGCUGGAAAAUUCAGUAUUCCAAUACCCCACAUGACAGACGCUGAAGUGAACAAGCCUGUGAGGAGGAGACCCCCACGCUCACUACCGCUGCCUGCUGCUAAUGAUGCAGGUCAAAGCCAGGAUGAGAAAGGAGCUGAAACAGUAUCAACCAGGAAGAACAGAAACUCUGCCCUCAUUGAGAAACUGCAGGCCAGCCUUACGCUUUCUCCUACGGGACCUCCGUCCUUCUCAAAGAGCCCAGGGGUGCUGAAGUUACCGGUGCCGUCCAUCUCCCCCGGCUCUCCCAGCAGCACCUCUAGUCCUCCCGUAACUGUCACGCCCAAACAAGAGGAAACUCCUGCCAGCUUUGAGAGUCCCACUGAGGGAACUGUUCUCAAAAGCAUCAACAAGGGUAGAGCUCGACUUUCCAUCAAGCGGCGCCCACCGUCUCGCAGACACAGGAAGUCCAGUGCAGAUGAAGGCGGAGAUGAUGUGGAUAAAACAGCCUCAGCCACCCUCGAUCAAACGACUCCAAAUGGGCAUGAAAGAGACGUGUUUGAAGAACACAAGACGUCACCAGAUGCAGAAUCUCUCUCCUCUAAAGAACAGAUGCAGCAGGAAACGGAACCUGCAGAUCCAGAGAAGCCAGAACCGGAGGAAAAAGUGGAGACUGUGACUUCGGAAAAGAUUGAGGGAGAAGAGAAAGAAGAGGAAACAGAACCAGAGCUAAAGGAAGAGAAACGUGAAGAUGAACCACCGCUGACUAACAAUACAGAAGAAACACGUGAAGCGCUAGACACGCAACCACAAACAGAGCCGGACACAACAGAUGAGAAAGAAGAGGAACCGAAAGAAGAUGAAGUAAACCAUUAGAGCCGAGUGAGAGUGUAAAGUCUCUAAAUAGAAAAAAAGGUCAAAGCUGCCUCAGACUGAAGACUGAAACUCACUGCUUAACCAUAGCGAAGACAUCAGGAGAAGAUGAAGAAAUGUGAAUUGGUUUUAGACUUUAGACUUAAACCAAAGAUUGGAUUCGUUUGAAUGUGCAAGUGAAACCCGCAGCUGCAGAGAACUACCGUAUUGUCCCUCCUGUACAGUUGUGUUAUUGUUCUGAGCCACAUUAGUUUGAUUUGAGAUCAUAUGGGAUUUGGUUUGGUUUUUACUUUUGUAUAUAAAUAUUAGUCUUCACAUAUUUUUUAUAUAGUUCUUGUAGUUCGUAGUUGUAUUCCUGUCAUAAAUAUGAAUGGUGGAUCAUUGAGACUUGCAGAAAAUAAAAAAUGGGAAUAUGAAAAAAACUUAUCACAUUUCCACAUUUCAUUGGAGAAUAUUGGUUUUCUCAGUGCAGUGUUGGAUGAAAAAUAUUGAAGUAUCUAAGCAUGAGUAUAUGUAAGGAUCACUAAGAUGGAAAGUUCUGGUUCUAGAGAAGACUUACCUCGAGGUCAUGACCCUAGUCUGCUCCUAUUCUGCAUAAGAUCUGGCCUUCAGACAAAUAUUUGCUUAAAAAAAUAUGCGCAAAUAACUAUCUGUUUAUAUAGCAGAAGUACCAGAUAUUCUCUUAUAAAAUCUCUUAAUCGGAGAGCUGACAGAUUUUCAGCGUUAGACCUGUUCUCAUCUCUGGGAUCUGUGCUGACCUCAUGGAAGCUCUAGUGAGGGACAGAUUAUCAUUUAAAUAGAGCUCUCUCACUAAGCAUGUGCUCUGUGUUUUAAUAUUGGCCCUGACUACAGAGUAGAAUACUUAACUGUGACAUAAACCCAUUGAAAUUGAGAUUUAUACAUCAUCUGAAAGCUAAAUAAAUAAGGAUUAUUAGGAUCGGAAAUUUUUGGUUGAGAUACAACUUUGAAAAUCUGGAAUCUGAAAAAAAUCUAAAUACUGAGAAAAUCGUUGUCCAAAUGAGUUCUUAGCAAUGCAUAUUACUAAACAA